GAUGACCGAUUUUUGAAAGAAAUAGACAGAUUUGGCCUGUGUUUUGAAUGGAAUACUGUCCACAUACUUUAUUAAUUAAAAAUUAAUAAAAAUAAAUUUAUAAGGAAAAUCCUAAGGAAAAAAACUGAAUUGCUAUUCGUCGCCCUAAUAUUUAAAAAAUUUUGCCCUAAAUCAUACUACAUUGACGUUUAUACCCUUAUUUCCAAUUUCAAUCCUCAACCCCUAACUUCCCCAACCAGCCAAAUUCCAGUCGCCGCCAUUGUUCACGCAACUUGCCGCAUCUCCCAUUCCGCCAGAGAAACAUAGCUUCUUCCUUGGCCUUCCAUCUAUCUAAUCCCAACCCAUUCUUCCGCCACAUCGCACAUAAAUGAAAGGCCUUUUUGUUGUUUUUCUCUUUAUAUUGUCCCCAGAAUUGGGUCUUGAAAAGCUUUUAAAUUUUCCAUUAGAGAAUCAAAAAAUGCUCACUGAAGGAGUGUAUUUGCAGCCAUGGAGAAGAUUAGGAAGGUUGUGGCUGUGAUUUCUGGGGCUCAUUGCUCUGGAUGUCACGGUAGUUGCAACUUGAUCAUGAUCACAAUCAAGCGGAUUGGGUUUAGAGUGCAAGCUAGUUCCCGACGGCGGAGGUGCUUUGAAGAGCGAUGUUGCUCUCGUUGAGAUGAUGAAGAUUAGGGAUUUCCGAUUUUUUUUUAAUUUUGAUUUGGUUAUUAAGUAAUUCUAUAUUUAAAGUUAGGACGACAAAAGUAAAAUUAGCGUUUAAAUGUUCGAAAGACAAAAAAAUGUUAAGAGCAUUAGAGUAAAUUUUAGAUAAUUAGGGCGACGAAUAAGGAUUUUUAGGGCGACGAAAAGCAAUCCCCGAAAAAAAUGGGUAAACUGCAAGGUUGGUCACUGGAAGUGCUAAAAUAAUCAAGUUUGGUCACUAAAAGAAUUUUAUUCCAUAUAUGGUCACUGAAAAUUAGUUACGUUUCACGAUUGGUCACUCUCCGUUAGUUUUCAUUAACAUAGUUAGUUGUUUGCUUACGUGGCAACAAAAAAUGCCGAUUAAUCCAAUUUUGACCUGCCAUGUCAUAAGACUUUAUCUGCCAUAUCAUGACCCAACCCAAUUCAACUUGUGACCCGACCAAACAAAAUUGAAGGAACCCAAUUCUUUAAUUCCUCUACACAUCCCUCGAUCUCCCCCAUCUCUUCUCAGCCUUUCUCCUCUUCUUCUUUCUCUGUUUGUGACGCGCCUCCUCCUAGCCUUCGUAUGCUACCCUCCGUCACCUAAGCAUCCUUCUCUGCAACUCUUCCUCGUUGUCGCGCGACCUCCCUCCGGCGCUGCUCAUCAUCUUCUCAAGAUGGGAUUCCCAGGGGCAGGGGAAAUUGUAACCCGUCUCUCCCAGAAGUGCUGUUGCUAUCGUCUUCGUCUCCCCAACCAUCGACAACUUCAUCUCCGCACUCCAGUCCUGCACCACGCCGACGUCAAUUGGACCUUCAAGAAUAUCUCGCAGCCUUCUCUAGUCAAGCUGGAUCUGGCAGAAUCGCCUCUUUGCCCCGUCGAUUUCAGACUCGGCGAGCGAAACUAACUCCAAGGACAGUCGGGGCCCGAAUCCAAGGGUGGUGGCUAGACCUGACAAAUUACAACCCGACCCGUUGACCCGACCCGAAACAGCCCAAAAACUAGGAAUUUUUGUAACCCAAAAUCCGAAUGACCCGAACCCGAUAACCCGUGAUUUUUUGGGGUUUGAAUGACAUGUUUGGAGUUUAAGGAUAAUCAAAUAUUAUGUGUUUCUUAUAGUAGUAAUACUGUUGUGAUUGUUUUUUAACGAUUUGCGCAAUUUAUAUUUCAUUUCAUUUCAUUAGCGUGAGAGGAUUUGAGAAUAUGUUAAUUGACAUGUGUUAGGUAAACUAUUGUCAUGCAUAUGUGAAAAUUGUGUUCUUUAAGAAAAUAUGAAGCAUGUUUGAUAUUGUUCCUGAGAACGAUCAUAACCCGAAAUGACCUGUAACCUUACCCGAAACCGAAUGGGUUGGGUCAAUAUUUGACCCGAAAUAAGCCAACCAAACAUGACCCAAUCCGUAACCGAUGUUCUCAACCCGAAAUUACCCUACCCGAUCCGAUUGCCAGGUCUAGCGGUGGCUAGCCUCCGGCUUUAAGAUGUGGCAUGUCAAAAUUGGAUGAAUCAAUAUUUUUACUUACCACGUCAUCAAACCACUAACGGUGUUAGUCGAAACUAACGGAGAGUGACCAAUCGUGAAACGUUAACUACUUUCAGUGACCACGAAUGGAAUAAAAUUCUUUUAGUGACCAAACCUGAAUAUUUUAGCACUUCCAGUGACCAACCUUACAAUUUACCCGAAAAAAAAUAGUUGGCGGUCAAUUCAAAAUACGGGUAAAAUCUAUUCAUUUUUUAAAGUUGAUCAUAACUGUAUUAUUCGAAAUUUCAUGUCAAAAUUGUCUUCGACGUUGAACUUCGGGUCAAAAUAGAGUAUUAUAAUUAGCCCUUAUUCUAUUCUAUUGGAUGGCCAUGGGUUAUCUUGUUUGUUUUGAUGGCUCAGCAUAAAUCAGCCUAGUCGGAAUGCCUAUGUGGCAACUGGCACGUUAUAUAAUAUUCUUUUUAUCCUGUCGUUGAUUGGAUAGAAAGCUAGAUGGAGAAACAAAACGACAACUUAACUGAUAUUUGCAACCAAAAAACUAGUAAAGUGAUGUUAAUAUAUAUAAAGCAAAAGUUUGGUUACUGUUGCUAAAAAAUUUACAUUUUGAUACUCAAAAUUAAUUAAAUCACAACUUAGUUAUUAUAAGGUACAUUUUACAUUUUGAUACCCAAAUUUAAUUUUAAGGUAAAAUUAUUGAAUAAUUAUGUUUCGGUAUCUCAUUUAGUACAUUUAGGUGGUACUUAACAGACUUCUACUAACUACCCCAAAUUCAAUUAAAUCACAACUUAGUCACUAUAAUGUAGAUUUUACAUUUUGAUACCCCAAAUUUAAUUUUAUUGUAAAAUCAUUGAACAAAUAUGUUUUGGUAUCUCAUUUAGUCCAUUUACAGGGUACUAAACAAACUUCUACUAACUACUUGUAACAAAAUAUGCGACAUCUACGUAAGCAAGUGCCAAUAAAUUGCUACGGUGAAAAGAGUUGAAUGUUGUAUUGACGGCCAACUAAAAGAAUCGGACAAAACCUUUCCAUCAUCUACUUCCUCUUCGUUUCAUUUUUUCACUCUCCUUCCAUAACCCUUUCUUUAUUUCUUUCUUUGCCUUCUUCGUUUAACCCUAAUUAUGAUACUAUUUUUAUGUAUUCCAAUCACAAGUAUGCAUUAACGGGUCCAUACACGACUCACCAACAGUCUAGGGAACUAAUAAUUGAACCAUGAACCACUAACUUUUUUUCAUCUCAAUGUCGAGUCCAAGUAAAAAUAAAUAUAUAUGGUUAUUACUUAUUAGAAAUUUGUCAUUUUCCACUAUGGGAUUUGAAGGCAUGAAAUUUUAAGCGAGUUCCAAUUUGUAUUCCUUUUGCUUCUCUCUAAAGUUUUUCUUUUUCACCGGGACUAGAAUUUUCAACAAUUAUACAUUAAAUGUUUUGGGGUGAU